ACUAGAAGGCGGCUUCACUAAAUAUCUCCCCAAAUAAAAUUCCAGUCAACGUAGUCGGACUCCUCUUCUUCUUCUUCUAUCCCAGUUUCAUAUCCCACAUCUUUCAGAGAGAUCGAAACCUGAGAUUCGAUCCAAAAUGUUUAGCCAGAUGGUAGAUGACAUUCUUAUCCAAAUCGGCCUAGUCCUCCUCGUCGUCGUCACCUUCCUCUUCAUCCACAGCGUUCCGCAGAAAGUCCUCGCCAACCUCCGCCUCCGCCUCAAAAGCAAAUCCGGCAUCCAAUCCAAGCGCCACUUCGUCCUCGGUGCCCAGCUCCUCGCCCAAGCCAGAUCCGCCUCCUCCAAGUCCUCCGCCGCCUCCCUCUCCAAGCAAGCCCUCGACGAAGCCGACAAGGCCAUCGCCCUCGAUCCCAAAGACGCCGCCGCUCACAUCCUCAAAGCCCUCGCUCUCGACGUCCAGGGCUUCAAGACCUCCGCCCUCGACGCCAUCGACGUCGCCCUCUCCCCACUCUGCCGCAAGAGCCUCGUCGACGCCGAGCGCGGCGACGCGCUCCUCAAGCGGGCCGAGAUUAAGAUGUCCAUGAACCGACCCGCCCGGCUUGACUCGGUCAUCGAGGAUUUGACUCUCGCCGUGAAGCUGAGCCCUGAAAACGCCAAGGCGUUUUGCUCGUUGGGGGAGUGCUAUGAGGAGAAGAAGAUGACGGAGGAGGCCAAGAAGGCUUACGAGGAGGCUCUGAAGCUUCAUCCACGGUUCGCCGCCGCGAAGGAGGCACUGGACCGCCUUGGUCCGUCGUAGCUGAACCGGAAAACGAAAACUUAUUGAAUUGUGGUCAAUUCCGGCACCUAAUCUACCUUUUGCUCAAAGGCAGUCACGGUCUCCGGUAAUGGCAUCUACAUUAUAUCUUUUGUUACUUAUCUACUCAUCAUUUGUAUCAUAUCUGGAAAGAUGAACAAUUUUGUGAUACUUUCUG